AUGGCCCCAAUGCUUGUGGUGUUCGUGUUCUCCCUUCUUGCCGUGGUCGUGGUGGCCGUGGUGGUGUUCUUCGUGUCCGUGGUGUCCCUUGUGGUCGUGGUGGUGCUCGUCGUGGUGUCCCUUGUCGUGGUGUCCGUGAUGGCCGUGGUGGCCCUCGUGGUGACCGGAGUGAUGGUGGCCGCCCUUCUUGUGGUGCCCUUCGUGCUUGUGGUGGUGUCCGUGGUGGUCGUGGUGCUUGUGGUGCUUGCCCUCGUGGUGGUGGCCGUCGUGGAAGUGGUGGUCCUUGUGGAAGUGGUCCUUGUGGUGCUUCUUGUGGUAGCCGUCGACGUGUUCACCCUUGUCGUGGUGCUCGUGGUGGCCGUGCUUGCCGCCCUUGUGGUGGUGGCCGUGCUCGUGGUGUUCACCAUGAUGGUCAUGCUCGUCCCAAUGCUUCUUGUGACCGCCUCCGUGUUCAUGAUGGUGAUCCUCAUGAUGAUGUUUGCCGUGAUGCCCCUCAUCACCUUUGUGGUGGUGGUGAUGGUGAUGGUGGCCCUUGUGUCCCUUGCCACCAUGGUCGUGAUGAUGGUGGGCAUGGUGCUCGUGACCGCCACCGUGCUCGUGGUGAUGGCCCUUGUGGGCGAUGGCGAGCGCCGCCAGGCAAAGCACUCCUAUCAACAGGAGUGCCCUCAUUUUUCCACGACACGCAUCGUCGAGUGCGACCAAUAUUUGCGGAAUGUUCGACAAAGAUGUUUCCGGUACAUACUGGCUUUUGGCAAUCUCCACAAAGGGUCGGCGUUAACUUGCCGAUUGCGUGGGAGGGAUUAUCCACCGGGUGACGUGGUAGGUGGCUCUGGUGUCGGAAAUAUACAAUCCGGGCUCAAAGUAGGGAGGGACGGAGAAUAUGACUCUACCGGAGCAUCAUCGUGUCCUGUCGUGCCGCGUCGUAUUGUCAUAUCCAAUAAACCUGGAGGCGGGGCGGCGGACGACGCCACGCCCUCUGCCGCCGCCCCACACACUCGCGCGGCACUGCGGCGCGCGGCGCGGCUACUCGCUAAGAAGAUUUACUCGCAAUCGCAUCACGCGCUAACCCGCGCCCUCGGAUAAACUGUAUUCUUCUUCUUUCUUUCAACCUUUAUCUGCCCACUGCUGGGUAUAAGGUCUCGGAUAAACUAAUUAACCGUUCUAAUUAAAAAAUCAAUUGCAAACUUUAUUUUAAAUUACAUAAGUAACUAAAUUACAGAUAUAUAGGUAUUGUAUUGUUAAAUUCUGGAUAAAAAGUGUUUGUGAUGUGGUGUAUGGACUGUGGGGUCCGGUGAGGGUCGAGCGGGAAGAGUGGCGCAGCCCGAGGGCAUGGGCGGGUCGGGCGGCGGGUGGCGUGGUGAGGCGCCGGCGCUGCUGAGCACGGCGCUGCUGCUGGGCGGCACGCUGCCGCAGCGGCCGCCGGCGCCGCUCUUCACCAUCGACAGCAUCCUGGCGCCGCGCCCGCAGCCGCCGGUGCCGCCGCUGCAGCUGCACCUCGCCCAUUCACACUUCAGGCCACCCGAAUUGUUCGGUAUGUCCGCUAAGAUGUUCAUGAUGGGAGUAGGUGGCGUGGGUUGCACCCCCGCAGGCGCGUACGCCGGCAUUUACGGCGGAUACGCGGCGGCCGCCCUCGCCGGACUGUCCGGUCCGCCGCCCAAGCGCAAACGGAGGCAUCGCACCAUCUUCACUGAAGAACAACUAGAACAAUUAGAAAGCACCUUCGAUAAAACACAUUAUCCUGACGUUGUUCUAAGAGAACAGCUCGCAUUACGCGUCGACUUAAAAGAAGAGAGAGUUGAGGUAUGGUUCAAAAAUCGUCGCGCGAAAUGGCGGAAACAAAAGCGAGAGGAACAAGAAAGGCAACGGAAGCUGCAGGAAGAGAGAUUGUCUGGUCGGCCUCUUCUGUUGGCCCGAUCAGUCCUGUCCCCGGCACACUCGCCUCGUGAGCACGCGGUCGCGCCUCCAACUCCUCGCCAAUACAGCGACGACUCGGACUCAGAUCUCGAGGUACUCCAUUAAACUCGGGGGUAAUCACAUAAUUACAUCGAAACCAAGAUAUUGGCUUAGUGGUGGUAUGCUAUCGGAUGAUUGAUUUGAUUAAUAAAUUCAAUAAAUCAAGCAUCGUUUCGAUUGUGAAAGUGGAAUAGACGAUAGAAUUUGCGAGUGCUUUCUAAAUUUGAUAACUAUAAGUGGAAGAAGUUUCGGUAAAAAUAUUAAUUGGAGUGCUUUGGAUAUUUCAUUUAAUUCUUGAUAGAGACGUUUUUAUUUCAAAGAGCCAUAUUUUGUUAAUGUUAUAUAAUAUUUUAUAUUAUAUACUUAACUAAGGUCACUGUAUCAAGUUUAUAUAAGAAAUGUACGACUCCGAGUCAGAUCUCGAAGUGACUUGAACUUAUUUUGAAUAUACUCGAAAUUUAAAAUUCGAUAUGUGCAUUCGGUAAAACGGGAAAAUAACUAAUUUAGAAAGUUGUCUCACUGAAAUAAUGUAUGCUGCCAGUUGUGCUUUUCAAUAAACUUUGAUUAUGAAAAAUGUUGAAUAUGAAAGUGGAAUUGACGAUAGAAUUCGCGCGUGCUUUAUUUGAUAACAGUAAGUGAAAGAAUGUCCAAAGCACAUUUUAUUUAAUUCUUGAUAGAGAAUAUUUAAUUCAAAGAGCCAUAUUGUGUAAAUGUUAAUUAAUAUAAUAUACCUACUAAAUUUAGGUGACUGUAUCAAGUUUAUAUAAGAAAUGAACUUACCUACUACUAAGUAAAGCUAAAAUAGUUUUCUGAAGUAGAAAAAACUAAAUACCUACUUUAACAUUUUAUCUUUACGAUGAAACAUAAAUAAAAUUGAGGAAUGUUUCUAUAAAUGUCUAGUAGUACUUUAAUGUAAGUAGUUUUAUAAAUAUAUUGUAAUGGAAUUGUUACUUGUGUUAAACCGAAUGACGAUUGCAGUUCGUGAUAAAUAUUAUAAUUCAUAGGUGUCAUAAAUAUACAGUGACCAAAAAUACUUGCCAGGACCGUAAUGAACGAUUAAGUUAAGUCAAAAAGGAGUAGGUGUCCAUGACUAGGGCUACUUAAAAUUAAUUGUCUUCCUAUACAAACUCUCUAUAAUUUUACCCUCUUCAAGUUUUAUUUUUUCCUCAAUGCCCUUUGUCUCCAUACCAAACUUUAUUAAAAUCUUAAAUUCAAAUUUCAAAAAUCGUCUAUAUCGAGUUCCUCCGUGUUUCGGAAGGCACACUAAGCCGUUGGUUCCAGCUGCAUCUGCAGCCGUUAGCACCCGCCAAUCCGCACUGGGCUCGCGUGGUGGGUCAUGGCCCAAUCUCCCUAUUCCAUCCACAGGAAAGGCCUGUGCCCCAGCAGUGGGGAUAUUAAUAGGCUGAUGAUGAUGAUAUUUGGAUUUGUGUUACUCAGGGACGCAAAAACUGCUUACUAUACCUAAGAAUUGUACAUGGUUGUCUACAUAGUCCUCUUGUGGCUCGAGUUCCUAGAAUUAUAUGUCCAUUAAACCUUCGUUUCCCUAGGCAUUUCAAUUUCCAAAUCAAUGUGGACAAAGUCACAGUUAAAGUCUUAUCCUACAGAAUAUCCUAGUAAUAUUAUAAACCAGCGGCCGCCCGGAACUACGUCCGUGUUAACUUUAGUUUUUUGAGAAUCCCACAGAGACCUGACAGUUUUCCGGGAUAAAAAAAAUACCGUAGGUAUAUCAUGAACUACUGGCGUACCAAAUUUCAUCCAAAUGCGAGCAGUAGUCUUUGAGUGAUUGAGUUACCAACUUUCAGAUUAAUAUUAUCACUUAAUAGGAUGUAAAACUUUUUAAGCAUGUAUGUUUGUUACUCAAUCAGACAAAAUCGGCUGAACUGAUUUGGAUUAAAUCGGACAAACCUAUUGCCUGGAUUUAGACAUUGGACACUUUUAUUCCGGAAAAAAAAGGUUUCUGUGUGAUUUCACAAACAAAUAAAGGUAACGCGGAAGAAGUCGCAGGUGGUAGUUAGUGCUUUUAAUAAUUAAAACAACCCAAACUUCCUAUAAAGUCCUGGCAGAUUAAUCAUGUCACACAGUCACAUGUUAAGUAUAUAUGACUAUGAGUUCGUAAUUAAUUAUAUAUAGUUAUACCGUUGCUUUGUUUCCUGUAAAAUAUUGUAUUAGCUCAAAUUAUUUUAAAUGCUUAUGUUAGCACAUUGUAUAUAUAAUUAAGUAAAAAUAACUUAAUUUUAACUGUAUAUUUAUACUAUACUAGCGGACCCGACACACUACAGACAUUGUCAUGCCCGAUUAUAACAAAAAUAUCCUAACGGCCUGCGCUGCAUUAAUCAGGAGCACAGAGCGGACGUCCGCUCCGCGUGCAGUUUGUCAUUUCAUUGAGCAGCGCUGCAGAUGGGAGGGAGACCCGCAUCACGGAGCGCUGCAGUGCUUUUUUAAAAAAACCUGAAACAAACACGCGGAGCGGACGUCCGCUCCGUGCUCCCGCAUAAUGCAUCGCAGGCCGUAAGUUUUGACUGCAACGCCCCACAUCGGGAAGAGUUGUAUGUCAAGUUUUCUUUAAUUUUACCUAUGACUUUCUGUAAGUCUUUACUACAGUGCGUCAUGGCUCCUAAUGAAUGUGGAACUAAUAUCGAUAAUAUUGUUAAAGUCAUAUUUUUGUUUCACCAGUUCAUCUCAAAAAUCUCUAGAUUUGCAACCGGUAGAAGCUUACCGAAGUUAGGGGUAAACAAAUAAAACAUAAAAUUAAAUGUAUACAAUAACUUAAUAAGAAAUAAUAAUAAAAAUAAUAUUUAUUAACCAACAUGAUUUUCUCAAAUAACAUAGGUACCUACUUCUUGUCAAAGUUUUGUUUAUAGUUACAGCAGCAUUACUUAUUAUUAAAAUUAGAAAUUAAGACAGUCUUUACCAUUAUUCAAUUUUUGACGUGAAAACUUCUUUAGCGGCGUUGUACACUUUUUUGUAUGGGUAACAAAUGUUAAACUCGCGUCAGGUUAAACACGUGGGCUGAUCGCAUCAUGACACACAAUAAAAUUGGAAAGGUUGUUGACUUUCAAUAUAUUGGACGAAACAUAGUAAUAUUUUAUUUUUUUCGUAUUAUAAUAAUAAGUCUCUAUCUAGGACGUCCACGUGGCAUCUUUAUUGCGAAGAAAAUGCAUUUUUUUUACAAUAGAUGUCGCUAGGUGCGCUUAAAUGUGAUUCAUGUAAGUUGAUUUCUUUACAAUAGAUGUCGCUAAGUGCGAUUAAACGUAAUUCAUGUAAGUUGAUUUUUCUGAGAGAUAAACUUUUUUAAUGUAAUAUAAAUUGACAUGUUUAUGUACGAUAGCGCAAUAAAUAAAUAUUGUAUUCUACCACACACAUGGUAGUAUUUUUAUACUGAUAAUUAAAGCAAAACAUUCAAAAUUAUUCCCUAACCAUUUCAAAAUAUCAAAAAUGCACAACGUUAAUAUUCAAGUUUUCACUUCUGCGCCGGCACUCCCGGAGUGCAACCCGUCGUUUUUUUUUUCAUUGGUGGUUGUUACAUAAAUGAUAAUUAAAUAUUUAGUACAUCAAUUUUAAGAAAUUGUUGUAAGAACUGAAUAUUUAAUGAUUUUGUAAAUAUAUCGAAAUAAAUAAAGUAUGAACUAGACAAGUUAUCAUCGGAAGAUUUUCUAGUAAGUAGUUGAAACAUUGAAUAUUCAAUAGAACAGUACCCUUCUUUAACUGUUUUAAUAUAAUCCAUGUCGCACUAUAUUAGAAGCUUUAAAAAACGAUGAAAGUUAAAAUCGUUUUCAAGUUAUGGCGUGACCAAAAUUGCGGGAAAUUUCAUUUGUAUAUACAUAUUAAUUAGAUUAUUUUUAAUGUACAAGACGUCAUUUUUUAUGCACUAAUCAAUAUUGUGUGGAAAAUGUAAUGUUACUGUAACCACUGACAAAUUAAAAAUUAAAUUAAUGAAAUCUGCAUAAUAUAAUAACACAUAUUAAAAAUUAAUACUUAAUUUUGAACUGGUCAAAUUUGAUUUUUUAUCUGUAUUUCGAUUCUCGUUAAUUUUUUAAUAUGUUCCGUUGUCACAAGACUCACAAAUGGUCUGUCCUUUAAACAUUUGAAGUAGUUAUAUCGUAGAUGGUAAUUAUUUAUUUAAAAAUGAUAUCAUAUUGUACUAUAUUAUUUGUUUAACUUCUCUGAUUUUAUUCUUUUUUCAAAAGGAUUUUGUACCUACCUACCUAAUAAUUUCAUAGAUAAAUAAAAAUAUAUUUAAUGUGGUAAAGCUUUUCAUAAAUAAAACUGCAAUACAAUGUGCUUUAUUGUACUCAUUUAUUACAGUUUAGUAAUAAAAUAAUACCUACACACGUAUCUGUCAGUUUUUUUUUCUUGCUUCCUAGUCUAUACGGAACCGUUAGGCCGUAUACAGAAAGAAAGCUGGAAGCCGACCAGCGCUUGUCAGAGCUUUUCAGAGCUAGUCCUUACCGGUAACCGGCGCGGCGCAGGCAUUUCUAUGGACCAGCGCCGAUAAGCGCCGAACGUCGCCGGCAAGUGCCGACAAGCGCUGGUCAGCGCUGGCACCGCUCUUUGGAAUUAAUGAACAACUACGCUUCAAUCUGCUUCCUUUAUGUAACUGUUACCAGUAAGGACCAGCGCUGAGAAGCGCUGGUCGGCUUCCAGCUUUCUUUCUGUAUACGGCCUUACAGUUUCACCAUGUCCGCCCAUCUAUCUGCAGCGUAGCUCAAAGACUUUUAGCACUUUUUCUGAUGCUUCUAAGGACUUUCUUUAACUAGAGCUAUCAAAUGUUCAAUAGAGAUGAUGACGGAAAAAGUAAUCGAAAUUCUAUUUAGUCCGUCAGUUAGAUUAUCAAAAAGUAAUGGCUCUUAAUUUUUUAUUUUGUCAAUCAGCCAAAAAAUUACAAAGAUAAAGCGCACCAAAGUUUGGGAGUGCGGGCUCGUGAUGUCACUUUUUAGUAAAAAUUGUACGAAAACGUGACGUCACGCGACAUUUGAAAUCAAAAUCUACCAGAUAUUCGAAGAAAAAGAUCACUAUUUCACUUUCGUGGUACUAUACCCAAGAAAAGUUUAAAUAAAACGUGAACACUGCACGUAAUCGCCGUUAAAGCAAACGCAUCAAAUGUGCAUGCGCAAACUAGUUUACAUAGAUGAGCGCAGACAUGCAUCUGACAAAAUGACUAGUACUUAUGCGCGUGUCUAAUAAGAUAAAAGAGAUUUUUUUUCUCAUAUGACCUACAAUCGUAAUCUGGUCCCUGGGCCAGGUACAGUUGUGGUCCAAGUCUACCAUUAUCUUUAAGACAAGUUCAGAAUGGAACCAGUAUGCACCAAAGCGAUCAAGGGCCCGUGGUCCCACCGCACCGGUUUGUUCUAAUGAAGGGACCACGGUAUACCACUAUGUAACCGUGGUCUUACUGGACUAAACUGAUUAAUAUCGAUAAACGCUUGUAAGUAUUAUGUACAUUGUCUUAUUAAAAUUAUAUUAUGCUUAUUUAAGAAAUAAAAUUAUCUUAUAGAAAUUAUUUCUUAAAUUAAUAAUUAUUGAUUUUCUCAUUAAAUUUGACGACGUUUAUGCAUUUUAUAUUUAACGUAAACUUCCAAAAAAUACUCAAAACUGAUCUCAUUUAAUAAAGCUUAGAUUAAAACAAAAAGGGUAGAUACGGCACUAGCCUCACAAAAGUGAUCCGCACCAAUUGUGGUCCACGACCCUAAUCGCUUUAGUCACAACUUGACAUGCAAACGACGUACAUGUGAACGCCAAAAAGAAAUAUUGCUAAUAUUUUGUGUUUAUAUGAUAAAACAAUCCCUUAAUGUGUUUUUAAAAAGUGCUCAAAUUGCUCAAGAACUAAAAAUAAAACCCACGGCAUCACUUUUCAUUCGUAAGUACUAUAAAAUAUUUUUUUUCAUAAAAAUUGUUGUUUGUUUUGAAUCUUAUUCGGUAGUGACGUCGAGUA